CUAGGUGGUGAUAAUGAGCACAUUCUUUCCUCUACCCAAUAAAAGAGGAAGAAACUAUAGUCUGCUAUUUGGCAUGGACUUCCACCUUGGAAGAACUGCAGUGCAGAGUGUGAUGAUGGUGAUCCACACUGAAGAGUAAUGGACUCUGAGGUGUCUGUGCUGCUGCACUGUGCAGCCUGGAAGGGACUUCUGGAGUCUGAAGUACAAGUUGAGCUCUCUGAAAGGUUUAACAGGCAGACUGAUCCGUGUUUGGAGCGUCAAAUAGAGGAGGUGUGGACACAGCGGGUGUCCAAGGAGCCGUGGCUUUUCAACGGGUCCAAAUUCAGACUGCACUCUUUCUGCUUGUCCACUCCUGCGAGUGCCUCGUCAUCCUCUGUUUCUCUUAAACACCUGCCCUGCACUCAUUCACCUGACAUCUCCGUUUUAGCAGAGAAUCAGGUUGGGGAAUUCAGCAGCAGCAAAAGAAUGGGGAGGGAUUUGUGUACUUGCGACUCUCUGCCUGACACUAAUCAGAACAGUUUGGACGAAAGAAACAGAUCCGUGAAUCAGGCGGAAAAUACAUCAAACACAGAGGAUCAAGAAGCUGGGCCGCUCCUCACUCUGAGACUUGGCCUGACAUGUUACAAGGACUACCUGGGAACAAACUGGUCGUGUCGAGCGGCAGAGCUCCGUCAGCUGGGAGAGGUGGAGUUCGGUGAUCCUCUGGCUCUCCUGGCUCAGCCUCUGGGUGUGGGCGCCAUCCUGUGUACAGAUGAUGGUCAGGUGGUGUUGAUUCGAAGGAGCCAGAAGGUGGCAGAGGCAGGGGGUCUCCUGGACAUCCCCGGAGGUCACCCAGAGCCAAAGGUGGUGUGUGAGCGUCUGGGCCAGGCGGUGUGUGAGGAGCGGAUCAGCGUGGACAUGAUGCAGCAGAGGCUCGUCGUCGCGGAGCUCUUCUCGUCUGUGUGCGCUGAGAUCAGAGAUGAGGUCAAUAUUCCUCUGAUCUCCCUUGGAGAGCCUGUCCUGAUGGGCGUCGCUCUGAAUCACACCAGCGCCGGCCGACCGAGCGCCGAGUUCUACGUCAGUUGCUCCUUGACAUCUGAUGAAGUCAGAAAGUUGUACUGGAAAGGAGGAGCAGAGGCCCACGAGUCCACAGAUAUCGCCUUCGUGAGCACAACGGAGGUGUUGCAGCUGGACAGGAGCAGCCCUCUGUGGUCAGAGCUGUGUCCUUCAGCCAAAGGUGCCGUGCUGCUUUAUCAGGCGGUGAAGCCUGACGGAGAGCGAGGCCGCAGCAGACGACACGACACGACAAUCAGCUGAUCGCAUCAGAGGACGGGGUCCAGAUGAUCAAAUGUACAUACACAAAGACGAAUAUUUAAAGUUCAGGAAUUUAUUACUCUUUGAGUUUAAAUGCUCUCCGCAAUACUGGUGUUAAAACUGUACAGAAUACCGUAUACUGUUCAUCAUUUGUACACUGUACAGAAAAAGAUCUGUUUUAAAAAAAUAUUUUAAAUAAAAAUCUUAAAAAUUGA